AAAAAGUAGCACAAAAAUUUGAUAGGUCAAAACCUCACAUAAGCAUUGGCGGGAUUGGUCAUGUUGACCAUGGCAAAACAACCCUUAUCGCCGCAAUAACUAAAUACUUAGCAGAAAAAGGACAAGCAAAGUUCAAAGAUUAUGGGGAAAUUGAUAAAGCUCCGGAAGAAAAGGCACGCGGGAUAACCAUCAAUUACAUUAAAAAUAUGAUUACUGGUGCCGCCCAAAUGGACGGAGCAAUUGUCGUAGUAGCCGCCAGUGAUAGUGUAAUGGAACAAACUAAGGAACAUUUACUCUUAGCAAAACAAGUAGGAGUAAAAUAUCUCGUAGUAUUUAUUAAUAAAGCAGAUGUGAGCGAUCCCGAGACCAUGGAAUUAACUGAAAUGGACAUUCGUGAAAAUUUAGCCAAAUACGGCUAUGAUAAAGAUAAAACUCCAAUAAUCAAAGGUUCAGCUCUUUGUGCUCUAGAAGGACGCAAUCCAGAAAUCGGAAAGGAGGCUAUGGCUAAAUUGUUGGAGGCAGUUGAUAAUUAUAUCCCUACUCCGCAGCGAAACCUGGAUGCUCCUUUUAAAAUGUAUAUUGAGGACGCAUUUACCAUUUCCGGACGGGGAACUGUGGUAACUGGAAAAGUGAAACAAGGAACCUUAAAAAAGGGUGAAGAAGUAGAAAUAUCGGGUCUAGGCGACAAGGUCAUCAAGUCAGUCGUUAUUGGUAUAGAAAUGUUUCAUAAGGAAUUGGAUGAAGCCCAAGCGGGUGAUGAUAUAGGAGUUAAUUUACGAGGAGUUAAAAUUUCUACACCAAAACAACCUGAUGGUGUAAAAAAAGGGCAACUUCUUUCUAAACCAAGCAAGACCAAAGAAA